AUGCUUGUGCUUGUGAUUUCGCACUUCACUAUGAAGUCUGAGAAGGGGUUUAGCGAUGGGUUCCUCCCAAUACUGGGUCAUCUCAUUUUACACCAUGCCUUGCCGAUUUUUUUUUGUUCCUUUCCUCUCCACCCACCAUUUACCCCUGGAUCCUUACUUUUACCUUCCCCUUCCCUACAUGCAAAAGCACAAACCUGUAAUUGGUGCAGCUGA